UUUCAGGAAACGUGCGGUAUCGCAUAGGAUUUGUUAUAGAGGAUAUUGUAAAAGAAUAGAGGCAAUAAGCCUGUAGGAAGAAUAUGGAAACAAGAACAGACUGGGCUUCUAAUGGACCUGUAAAGCAGACAAUGAAUAGACUUGGACAGCAAGAGGAGUCUGAUACUACAAAUAAUGUCAAAUCUUUGGAUGGCAAAGGAAAGGAAACAGGAAGUGAUCAGCCAGCUAUCGGAAAGGUCAAAUCACACGAAGAAAAAGAAGAAGAUUAUCGGUAUGGUGGAUACCAUCCAGUAUUUAUUGGGGAAGAAUUCAAUAAGAAACGUUAUGUGGUGGAACGGAAGUUGGGAUGGGGUCACUUUUCUACUGUUUGGCUCGCAUACGACCGGGUAGCGAAACGGCGGGUUGCAUUGAAGGUCGUACGUUCGGCAGAACAUUAUCGAGAAACAUCUAUUGAUGAGAUUCGCAUCCUUCAAAAAAUCUGCGAAGGCGACGAUAAGCAUCUAGGAAAGAACCAUGUAAUUGCCUUAUUGGACUAUUUUCUGCACCGUGGUCCCAAUGGUGCUCAUGUGUGUAUGGUGUUUGAAGUUUUGGGAGAAAAUUUGCUGAGCCUUAUUCAAUCGUAUGGACAUCGUGGUGUUCCGAGAGGAAUUGUUCAACAAAUCUCAUAUCAAUUGCUCAUUGCACUCGAUUAUUUGCAUCGCAAAUGCGGUAUUAUACAUACUGAUUUAAAGCCCGAAAAUGUUUUGAUUUGCAUUGAGGAUUCAGUACUUAAUGAUCUCGAUAGUCAAGCGUCGCUUCCUUCUGUCUCAAACUCGCAGAAUACUACAUCGACCGCUUCAACCGAUGGGCAUGCUUCUGGUACUCAUGGAACUCCUCAAAAGAAGUCAAAUCAAUCAUCUGCAGGUCAGGUGAUUGCUAGUGAUCCUUUUACUUCUACCCUUACUCAAUUUCCUAGUUUAGAAGGAGCUGUUUCAGAAAUCAGUCUGCGUGAUAGUUCUCUCAACAGAUCUAAUUCAAAAAACAAGCCUUCGAUUCGAGUCAAAAUAGCAGACCUCGGCAACGCCUGUUGGACCCGGAAGCAUUUUACAAAUGAUAUACAAACACGACAAUAUCGCUCUCCAGAGGUUAUACUUGGAUGCCAAUGGGGGGCUUCUGCUGAUUGCUGGAGUUUUGCUUGUAUAAUAUUUGAGCUAUUGACUGGAGAUUAUUUGUUCGACCCGCGAAGUGGAAGUUCGUAUUCCAAAGAAGAUGACCACAUAGCUCAAAUCAUUGAGCUACUUAUGACCUUCCCUAAGCAAAUGGCUUUAUCCGGAAAACAUUCCCGCGAACUGUUUAAUCGUCGUGGCGAGCUUCGUAAUAUACACAGAUUAAAGUACUGGCCAUUAAAAGAUGUCUUAGAGCAAAAAUAUCAUUUUUCCUCGUCUUUCUCUCAAGAAAUUUCUGACUUUUUAUUGCCCCUUCUUUCAUUUGACCCCGUGAAGCGUGUCAAUGCCGGAUAUAUGAGUAACUCGCCUUGGUUACAUAACGUUGCUGACCCCAAUUUUAAAAUUGAGGAUCCUGGGCAAUAUGGUGAAUAUAUACCUGGCUGGGCUAAUGAAAUCCGAAAAUAAAGAGUAACUAUCUUUGAAGUUGGUAUUCUUUGAAUAAGCAUGCAUAUAUAUAAACAUUUACGUUCGUUAAUUUUGGUGUACUAAUGGUACCAUAUCGCAAAAAAGUAUUAGCCGUGGGAAUGACAUGCUAUUUAGCUUUUCACUAGAUUUUAUUUGGAGAAACAUUUUGUUGCUUUCUGAUAUGUUGGUCUUAUGCUUUGAUGAAAUGAUAAGUCAUGCUGACAGAAAAAAAUGAUUUUAAUUUUUUGUUAUUACUUUGUUAAUUUAUUUCUUUUCAUUCUCUUGUCAUUCGAAUGAAUGGAUACAUCAUGUUUUAUGAACUAAUAUAACGAUUAGUGAUUAGGAUUUACUAGACUACAAAUAAUAUAUACCAGCCCAA